GAUAUUCCACUGAAGGCAAAAGCUGUACGCUGAACAAACCAGAGACCGAGGCAGCUUGCUUGUGAGUUUUUAGUAGAAGAAAAUUUAUAAAGUGAACAAACAACAAGCAGCAAGCAGCAGCAGCAGCACCAGCAGCAAGCACCAAGCAAAGGCAGCGCUCUAUACAGCUAAAUACAGUGCACAAAAUAUUGAAGAGGCCUGCAAUUAAAUUGUAAAUUACGCGACAUUUUCAUACGGUUAGUUGUGAGCUAACCAAUCUUAAAGCAGCAAAGCUUAAUCUAAACACAUAAAGAGCAAAGAUGGCAGGAGAACGCCCGAAGCGUCCGUUAUCAGCAUACAUGCUGUGGCUGAAUGAGACCCGCGAACAGAUCAAGAAGGACAAUCCCGGCAGCAAGGUCACAGAUAUUGCCAAGCGUGGCGGUGAGCUGUGGCGCGGCCUUAAAGACAAAACUGAAUGGGAACAGAAAGCCAUCAAAAUGAAGGAGGAGUACAAUAAGGCAGUGAAAGAGUAUGAGGCAAAUGGUGGCACUGACUCUGGUGCGCCCAAGAAGCGAAAGAAGAUUGCCGCCAAGCCCGCCAAGAAGGCUAAGAAGAAAGAGUCGUCCGAGGAGGAUGAGGAGGAUGAGAGCGAGUAAACAAAAUUAACAAAA